CGGGGAAAUAUUCUUAUCAGCUUAUCGAUAAUGCUUGCCUUAUCGCCCAAUGCGGUCGGGUGCUCUGAUCCCUGCUGACGAUCGGCCAUCCAAGUGCUCUGCGCCCACUACAGCAUCACCAUCAGCAACAACACAACGAUGGCACUCCAACCAUAAUAGCUCCAGCCCCUCCUCCUCCUCCUCCGUCAACCCCGAUGAAAUCUCCCACUUCAACGCCCUCGCCGCCACCUGGUGGGACCCCCACGGUUCCUCGCGCGCCCUCCACCUCAUGAACCCUCUGCGACACGACUUCAUCCAGACCUGCCGCUCCUCCUCGCCCACCUCCUCCUUCACCGUCCUAACCGAGGACUCCGACCUCCCUCCCUCACCCGAUGCCGCCAACACAUCCAACACCGAGAACGUCCAAGAACUGCGCUACCUCGACAUCGGCUGCGGCGGCGGCAUCUUCGCCGAGUCGGCCGCCCGCCUGCCCACCACCUCCUCCGUGCUCGCCAUUGACCCGUCCCCGGGCGUGCUGGCCAUCGCCCGCUCCCACGCCAAGAAAGACCCCAGUCUGUCGCCCAAGUUGACGUACCUCUCCUCGACGAUCGAGUCGCUCCCUACACUCAAGCCCGAAGCCGUGGAAAAGAAAUUCGACGUGGUCUCUUGCUUCGAAGUAAUCGAGCACGUCGACCACCCUGCUCUGUUCCUCGACCACGUCGCCCAGUUCGUGAAGCCGGGCGGGUGGUUGGUCAUGAGCACGAUUGCGCGGACUUGGACGAGUUGGUUUACGACGAAUUUCAUGGCUGAGGAUGUGCUGGGGAUCGUGCCCAAGGGGACGCAUGAUUGGAACAAGUACAUUAAUGAGUAUGAGCUGAGGGGAUACUUUGAGGAGACGGAGGAGAAGAGGAGGUUUUGGGGCAGGCCGAGGGCGAUGGGCGUUGUGUAUGUGCCCGGGCUUGGGUGGAAGGAGGUUCCCGGGAGCGAGAAGGUUGGGAAUUACUUUUUGGGGGUGCAGAGGUUGGCUAGUGAGGAUGCGUAA